UACUUCACAAGUGAAGUCUUCUUCCGCAAAGGUCUCACCUUUCUCUUCUCUAAAGCAAAACCCAACCCUCUCGCCUCCGCCUCCACCUCCACCUCCACCUCCCUAAAAAGGUCACCCUAACCAUUUAACCAAAAGUACACUGCACACCACCCAUUUAACCAAAAGCCAAAGAGACCCAAAAAAUUUCUCAUCGAUCUCUUCUAAGUUCCAAUCUUUGUCUUUGAGCACCAUGGAUUCUCACAUCUAUGGUGUCUCUAAGAAAACCCUUCUUCUCUUUACUCUUCUCUGUCUUUCCGUUUCCUCCAUUUCUGCAUUACCCCAUCAGAAUAAAACUGGCAAUAGUACGGGUACUGGUCAAAUGAUAAACUCCAACUCGGUGCUUGUUGCGCUUCUUGACUCGCAUUACACCGAGUUAGCUGAGCUCGUUGAAAAGGCUCUCCUUCUACAAACCCUUGAAGAAGCUGUUGGCAAACACAACAUCACCAUCUUUGCGCCAAGAAAUGAAGCUUUAGAGCGUCAACUUGACCCCGAAUUCAAACGGUUUUUACUUGAACCCGGUAAUCUCAAAUCUCUCCAAACCCUUGUAUUGUUCCACAUUAUCCCCCAACGGGUCGGAUCCAAUGACUGGCCAGGUCACAAAUCAAACCCCAGCAGGCACACCACUCUCUGCAACGAUCAUCUGCACUUGAUCACCAAGAAUUCAGGCAAAAAGGUUGUCGGAUCCGCCGACGUGACCCGACCCGACGACGUGACCCGACCGGACGGUGUUAUUCAUGGCAUUGAGCGGCUCCUAGUCCCACAGUCAGUCCAGGAAGACUUCAACAGGAGAAGAAAUUUGAGAUCCAUAUCAGCUGUAUUGCCUGAAGGAGCCCCGGAAGUUGACCCAAGAACCCACAGAUUGAAAAAACCGGAACCACCAGUUCGGGCCGGUUCACCGCCGGUUUUGCCCAUUUAUGAUGCCAUGGCUCCUGGCCCAUCAUUGGCUCCCGCCCCAGCUCCUGGACCCGGUGGACCUCACCACCACUUCGACGGAGAAAGCCAAGUUAAAGACUUUAUACAGACACUACUACUCUACGGUGGCUACAAUGAAAUGGCUGAUAUUUUAGUGAACUUAACUUCAUUAGCCACUGAAAUGGGCAGGUUGGUAUCUGAAGGCUAUGUGCUUACAGUUUUGGCACCAAAUGAUGAAGCCAUGGCUAAGCUAACAACAGACCAGCUGAGUGAACCAGGGGCACCAGAGCAGAUUAUUUACUACCAUAUAAUACCUGAGUACCAAACUGAAGAGAGUAUGUAUAAUGCUGUUAGGAGGUUUGGGAAAAUAGGGUAUGAUACAUUGAGGUUGCCACAUAAAGUCGCGGCGCAAGAAGCUGAUGGGUCGGUUAAGUUCGGGUCAGGUGAUGGGUCGGCCUAUUUGUUUGACCCGGAUAUCUAUACAGAUGGGAGGAUUUCAGUUCAAGGGAUUGAUGGGGUUUUGUUUCCUGAAGUUGAGAAAGAGAGUACUUCUGUUAAGAAAUCCGUCAGCUCUGUUAAGGUUGCCACUACCAAGCCAAGAAGAGGGAAAUUAAUGGAAGUAGCCUGUAUAAUGCUUGGAACUCUUGGACAGGACUCGCGUUUCACUACAUGUCAGUGAAUAUACACAGUAAAAAUCGCAAAAAAAGAAGAGAGGGAAGAUGGCUGGAACCAAGAAAACAAUAGAGAAAUGGUAAUUAAUUGCAGGAGGAUGUCUGGAAUACAAACACAAUUGGAAGGGAAGGAUUUGCCUGUAGGACUUUCCUCUGAAUCCCAGCCAUCAGAGAGAGGUUGUUGUUGUUUUUGUCAUAAAUACUGUAAUUACACAUCAUUUUUUUAAUUAUUUUUUAAUGUAUGAACAGACUCGGAAAACUACUACUAUAUAUAUAUAAUGGGCUGUCUUCUUUAUGAUCCA